UCUCUGACCCAGAUCUCUGACCCAGAUCUCACACGGCGGACGAUCUGGACUGAGUUCCGAUUGACCACAUCUUCCUGUCGAGCGUUGCUACUCGUUCACUCUUAAGGUCUCUCCUCUCACCCCUCGCUCAUCCGCCUGCCUGGGUGGCUCGUCCAAUCGAUUCGGCAACAACAGAGCUCGACUCCGUCCAAGUCUUCGCCAGCACAUCCACUCCGCCGCAGCAAUGUCCUUUGCCCCCAUCCAGCGCCCGCAGGCUGACGAGGAUGAGGAUGAUCUGCUUCUUCUUCAAGAGCAGUUCCUCCAGUCCAAGGAUGCCCGUGCCCCUGCCGCAACCGUCGUGCGUGCUGCCCCGCCUCGGAUUGCUUCCAAGACUACUCCGCUAGAGCGACAGACGGCGGAUACCUCGUCGGCCUCCGAAGCCAGCCGCAGCGCACCCAUGCCCCCACAGCCGUCCCCGGCCAUAGUCGAUGCUGUCCCCGCAAAGAAGAGUGUCUCGUUCGCACCCGAUCCCGAGCGGGAUGUCGUCGCAUUGAGCAGCUCGGGCGCCAGCCGACCAGCUGGUCCUGCGACUCCCACAAAGAAGAGAGUCUCGCUCUUUGCGGCACGGCGACAGCAACAGCGAGAGUCUCAGGCCGACAGCGACCGUGCCCCGUCCAAGACGAUCGAAAAUGCGGACGAGACUCUGGCGCACGUCUUCCACACCGUUACUGAGCGAUCGCCAGCAGAGGCGGAUGUCGUCCCGCCGAUCUUCAACGCUCCAAAGACCGGGUUCCCCGAGGUCCUCCACAGGUCGCAGGUUUCAGAGUCCCUGCACCGCACCUCGCGCCCGGCCGAGAACCAGAGAAAUCAGUCGCAUGCCAUCAAGUCCAUGUUCCAGACCAGCGCCGAGUACACACUCGACCAGGACAUCAACGCCGAAAACGUUGGCCGCCUGGAGUCCAUGUCCGCUGACGAGAUCGAGGCAGCGAGGGCAUCCAUUCUCGAAAAGCUCGAUCCCAAGAUCGUCGAGCUGCUGACCAAGCGAGCCCAGAAGCGCUAUACAGAAGACGAGCCCUCAGCGACGAGCGGAGACGAUGGCACACGGACUGUUGCUGCUGCUAUUCCGUCUCAGUCCGAGAGUGGAAUCGAGGAUCCUUCUACCACAGCCAUGACCAACAAACCAAGCGACGAUCUACUGGAUGUCCCUGAAGGAAAGCUUGAGGUCGAUAAACUGGAGUGGCUCCGAGACACUCCAUCCUAUACAUCCAAGGCCACGGUUUCGCCCACCGAGGACUCCUCGCAACUUCGGUUCAACUUCAGCGGCGCCUUGAUUGAAGACGCCGCCAGCGUUCCUGUCCACUUGGGCCUCCACCACCACGGCGACAGCCCAGAGCAGGCUGGAUAUACGAUAUCGGAGCUCAUGCUCCUCUCGCGGAGCACGGUUCCCUCUCAGCGAGUUAUUGCGCUGCGAACCUUGAACUCGAUUGUCGUCAACAUGAAAUCUGCGGCCUAUGACAAUGCCACUCGGUCCUUGAUUGGCGAUAGCCUCAUCGAGCUCAGAUUCGCCGUCAAUAUCCGUAUCGCCCUUGACGACACCAACGAAACCGUUCUCCUUGCUUCUCUUCGGACGUUGGUCUCGUACCUCGGAGCAUCUGAUGCUCCCACUGAGGCUCUCUUUGCUUCAGACUCGACCUCGGAAGACAUAUGGGACACGACCUUGCUGACCCGCUGUGGAUAUAGGGUCCUCGCACUGAGCCCGGACAGUAUGAGCGGCUUCGCUGCACGGUCCAAGGGCAUCCGCCAGCCCCAGCUGGCGACCGAUCAAAUGAGCGGCGGCGAGCAGCUGCCGGUGGUUGUCGACAGACUGAUGGAGAAAGACAUUAUCCUUGCGCUGCUCGAAACCAACAUUCUUGUCCGGUUCAAAUUUCUGCUCGAGACCCAGAAGCUGCCCUUGACCGGAGUUCGCUACAUCCUCGCGUGCAUCGGAGCCUUUGUGCGCCAUUCCUAUGGAGCAGCCAAGGCUGUUGCAGACUCCAAAGAUCUGCUCGAGGUCAUACGCAAGCGAUUUAUCGAAAGCGAAUGGCCUGCCCCUGCCGGCGACAAAGCGUCGUCCAUCCCGGCCGCCAUCAAGGUGUUUCGUCUGCUCUGCUUGACAUCCAGGGUGUUUGCCACAUCUGUGGCAUCAUCGGGUCUGGGCGAGUCGCUCAUGCGCUUCAUCGCCAUCCAUCCCGCCAAACUCAGUCCGGCACUGCGGUCGCUAGGAUUCCACUUGAUGGCUGAGUCGCUGGGCCUCGCUGGAGCGCUCUUUGCCUACGGAAUCGGCGCCCGUCUCUUUGCGGACUACCGGACCGUAUUUUUUGAGCUCGUCAAGUCGACUCUCUCGGAGCCCGCACAAAGUGAAUCCGAAACAACAUACGAUUUGCAGCGCUUCCAUCAGUCCCGCUGCGCCGUACUCGCGCUCAAGACGCUGUCCGAGUACACGUUCUCGUUCUUCAACCUCGUGAGCGACCCUAUGUCGACUGAUACUCUGCAGCCGUUCGUUCACAUUGUCUCGGCCUCCCUCAGCGACGGCGGCACGGCCAGCUUGAAAUCCGACCCUCUGGAUGUCCUGGUGAGGACGGCCAAGCUGGAUUUCCUGCGCUCCUAUGCGCAAAAGUUUGAUUCAUCGUCGGUGUUUCCGGGAUUCGUCACUGCGAUGCUAGACGCGAUUGAGCUCAAGCAUGGCACCAAAUCCAAGCUCUACACCGCUGUCAGCAGCCGUAUUUUGGACACGCCGGCAAGCUCGGCUGAUCUGCCCCAGCGGCACCACGCAUUCCGGCUCCACUCGGACCUCCAAGAUCGAUCGGAGAUCGAAUAUGCGCGCAAUCAUCUGCGACAGAGCAUCUACUAUGAUGGGGCAUCGGCCUUCCUGGAGUUUGCACAGACCCUCGCUCGCCUCGACGCACACGCCCAGGCCAUGUUCUUGUGGUUCACAACAGAGGCAAGCAACAAAGCCCUGCUGAAGCUGUCCGCGAAGCAGAGCAGUCGGCCUGAAGCGCUGGCCGGUUGGCAGCGCAUGUUUGGCCGUGGCCGAGUCGAUUUCAUCUAUCGCUACAUCUCGGCACUGUUGCUGGUGCAUCCCCUGAGCGCGUUUACAAAGGAUGAGGCUGUCUUUGUCUAUGAAACCAGCCUGGCGCUUGUAGCAGAGUUUCUCCCGGGCGACGAAUAUCCUGCAUCCCGUCUCCUCAGCAGCGUCGUGAUGCAUCCAGAGUGGCAGCAUGUGGCUCUUGGUCGCCCGAUGCCGUUGGACGAACAGGACGAGCUCAAGCGCCGAAAGCUCCACGAUGUCUACGACUACAACCUCUACGAAGACGAUGCCCUUGUCGAAUCCAAGGCCUUCUACCAGCAUCUCGGCGACCAGAUGGUGUCGUUUAUGCUCGAGACCGCGGGCCGCGCGCAGUAUCAGGGCCUCCCAGCCCCGGACAACUGGUUGUAUUCGGUCGUUGAAACCGUUUCAGACGAAGGCGCUGCGGCAGGACAGGCCCGCGAAGACUCGGGCGACCUGAUUGUCGAGUCUCUCGUCUUCACCGAGCACUUGGACUCGGCCCUUCCUCGCUGGACCCGAGUUGCUGGUCUGCAAAACUCCUUUGCCAAGCUCUUCAAGGUGUUUGUUCUCCCGCCCAUGUCAACGGAUGGAAUGCCCUCAAGCGAGAUCUUCAUGAGCGAAUCCGUGAGCAGCGCCCUAGACAAGGCGCUCGAUCGAUGGUGUCGGUUGUCCAACGAUGCAUCGGGCACCGAUGGCCACGACCUUGACAAGCUCAUGGGCGGACGAGGCCGAUUCUACCAGCUCUACCAGGGCGUCCUGGAACAAUACUGCGCCAGUUCCUUUGGCGACCCCGUGUUCUCGCGCUAUAUCGUCCUCCCCCUGUCGAUGCUGUAUCCAGCGGACUAUCGGAUCCUGUUUUGGCAGGAGCUUGUCGAGCAUGUUCCGAGCUUUCCUCUCACCAUAUCGCGCGUGCCCAGGCUUGCGAUGGCCCCGGACAACAGCCAGACCGGUCGUGAGUACCUCUAUCCGAUCGAAACCGAGCUCGCGGUGCUCUCGCUCUAUGCAAAGCGCCUCGCCGUCGGAAGCGUGAGCAAGACUCGGAGCCCGUUCCUCUACUGGCUUGCGGUGCAUCACCUCUCGGGCUUUUUGUUCUCAGACCCUCCUCCGGAUCGUGCCGCGCUGCGCAAGCUCAUCGGUUCUCCGCGUGAAGGACCACGCCAACUUCCUGAGGAGGUCGUGGCUGAGCUCCUCAACUACAAUCCCGACUGCAUCAGUGUUUGGACUGACAGCGUGCCAGCAGCCUCUCGUGCUGACGAUGGCGAAGCUUGGUCCCACAUCGCCGAGCGUCGCCGGCAACUGUGGCUGAGCAACUUUGGAGCAAACUCUGUUUAGCGGCUCGCAAACGAAACAGACCGUAUGCAGUCACAGCCAACGACUACUUCUCUCCAGGUCGCGAAUACACACAUUCAUUGUCGUCAACGA